AUGCUUUCACGAAACCCCAACACGCACUACCCUCCCUUCUCCCAUUUCCCCCUCUUCAUCACACCCCACUUCCCCGCGCUGCCCCGUUCCCCCGUCCCCGUCCCCCUGCUACCUGGGCAGCUGAAUGCAGUGAUGGCGGUCGGUCCGCGCUGGCAGCUGGACACCUUUCUGGGCGGCACUGCCCGCCUCUGUGCCAUCCAGAAGGCCCUGCGCGCGCGGCUAAACGACAAAGAAGGGGCUGCUGGAGGAGUGGGGGGGAUAGCGGGUGAAGGCUUCGGGGGAAGGAAGGCGGAAUAUUACGAAGGCGGGGAGAGCAGCAGAGAUGACAUGGGAAUGUGGGGGACUAAAGGGUAUGGCAGCACCAGUGGUGCUGCUGCCAGCUAUGGUGAUGAUCAAACGGGAGGGAGGGAAGAAGCAGGAGGAGGAGCGAUGGAAGAAGCAGGAUUCGCAGAGCGAUGCAUGGAGAUGCUUAUAGAGGAGUUCAAGGAUAGCCUGGUGAAGCACUGCAAGGCGUUUGAGGUGCCGAUGGCGAAGGGUGUUUUGGACCUCAGUGUCCGAUCUGCUUCGCCUCUCCCCCGCUCUGUGUCUGCUGGUGAUGAUGCUCUUGGUACUGGGGCUGCUGCUGCUGCUGCUGCUGCUGCUGCUGCUGCUGCUGCUGCUGCUGCUGUUGCUGCUGCUGAUUCUGGCGAAAUGGGAGAGAAGAGUGGAGGGAAUGUGGAAAGAGUAGGGGAAGGAGGAAGAGGGUGGAGAGGAGGUAGAGGAAGAGGAGAUGCGGCAUCAUGGACUGGCAGCAAAGGGAAAGCUUCUGGGAGUGGCAUGGAAGGAGAGAUGACAGAAGAGGAAGCGAGUGUGCAUAAGCGCACGAUGUCAGACGAUCUGUUUGCGCGUGAUCCCCUGCAUGCAGCCUUCGGUGUGUGCCACCGUAGCCCCCAGGUCUCCCCCAACUCCAACCCUUCUGCUGUGGCCGCUGGAAGGGACGGGACAGCAGGUGGAGGAGAAGGAAGUGCAGAAGGAAUGGGAGGAGUAGCAGCAGCAGUGAUGGCGGCAGCAGGGAAAUGUCCAGCGCAUCGUUUCAGCACUCCACAUGUGGAGAUUCCCUGCAUCCCUGAGCUCAUAUCCCCUAAGCAGACCCAUCCCCAUCCCCUCUUUGUGGAAUUAGAAGCUGUGGAAGUAGAAGAUACCUUUGCAGCAGAAUCCCAUGCAAGGAUGGGGGCAAAUGCUAGCGGAAACCACUAUGCCUGUGCUCAAAACGAGGCUGCUACAAAUGGGGAUGAGGAGGAAGAUGGGGGGGGUUCCUCCAAUUUCACGUUCUCUCCUCUCUCAGACACAUCAGGCUCGGGAAGCUCUGCUUCGGUGUCCCGAAGCACCCGGGCAGCUGCAGAAGACAUCCCGAACCUGCUGCCCUCACCAGUCCAGAUGUCCGGACCUGCGUCUAUUGUGAGUGGUGUGUCUGCGAUCCACGCUCGGAAGAACCGAAGCUCUCAAUUAGCUCGGGCCGAAUCAGAUGCAGCCGCAGCAGUGGAGGGCGCACGGCGGUUCUCACGUCGGGAGAGGGAGCAGCAGAAGAAGCAGCAGGAGAGGAAUCGGCAGCAGGUUCAGGAGGAAGAGGACUUGUAUCCGCUCCCGGACCUGCCAAGUCAGGCUUGGCAGAGCCGAGCCACCAGGCAUGGUCGGUCUCAGUCCGCUGCAGCGAAUUUCACCGUUGUACCUCGAAGGAGUACGAGAGGAGGGCUAAGUGUCGAGGCUGGAACGAAUGUAACUGUAACAGGAGAUGCUUCUGGAGGGGCAGGGGCAGGGGGGUUGAGAGCAGGAACUGGGGGGGCGGAGCCUCUUCCCCUUUUAGGGGGAGCCAGAGCACGGAAGGGGGAGUCUGGUCCUCUGGCGAGACCAAGGGGGAUUGGGGGAGUGGGAUUAGGAGGAGCAGUGGGUAGGAGUGAGAGAGGAGGGGGGAUGGAGGAGGACGGGCAGCAGCAGCUGGUGCCAUGGCUGCCUGUGAAGGCAGUACCAACUCUGGAAAGAAUCGCUCAGCAGCUAGCAGAGGGCAGCAAAGCAAAGGAGUGCAUGGUUGAGUACUGCACACUGCGGGCAGCGGCCCUUGAAGCAGCCAUAGCAGCUCUGGAGAUGGGGGAAGUGCGCGCCCCUGCCCAUCCCACCCUUUGUUGUCUUUUAUUAUCCAUAUCGCCCUCCUUCCCUCCACCCUCUGUUGCGCACUGUAUACCUCCCGUUGUUCACAGCACACUGCGGGCAGCGGCCCUCGAAGCAGCCAUAGCAGCUCUGGAGAUGGGGGAAGUGCGCGCCCCUGCCCUCUCCGCCCUGCCCUGGAGUUCCCAAGAGGCCUUUCUCAAGGCCUGGGUGCGAGAUGCCUACCUCCUGGUGAGUGCAGUGGCAACUGUCAGCUUGACUUUCAGUCGACUCAGAAGUCAACUCAGUGCCCUCUCUGCCCUGCCCUGGAGUUCCCAAGAGGCCUUUCUCAAGGCCCGGGUGCGAAAUCCCUACCUGCUGGUGAGCGUGAUGGUGACGAUCAGCCUUAGUUUGAUGGACGUGCUGCUAGUAGCGGAGCGCUUCCUCUGCGACAGCGUGUUCCUCUUCUCCCACAACCUCUCCACGCGCUCCUUCCGCCGCGUCGUGCGGCGAGCAGCAGCGCUGAAGCAGGCGCUGCACCUGCUGUGCGGCAACGCUGCUGCCAUCUGCUCGUCUGAUGAACAGCCAGAGAAGCUGUUCAGUCUGCUGGAUAUGAUUCAGACCACCCAGGACCUUGGGUCACAGGCGCUGCAUCUGCUGUGCGUUAACGCUGCUGCCAUCUGCUCGUCUGAUGAGCAGCCAGAGAAGCUGUUCAGUCUGCUGGAUAUGAUUCAGACCACCCAGGACCUUGGGUCACAGAUGGAAGAUGUGCUGAUGGCAGCAGGCAUGGAAAAAGCCCAUGAGCAAUGGAAGAAGCUGCCAAAACUGCUGACAUCAGCAGCAAUAGCGUCCAUCGAUAAGCUCAAGGAGAGGCUGAACGAUGUGGGUGCGGCGCAGCAGGCCAUGGCUGUUGCAGCAUCGCCACGGUCUGCACAGAAGAUUUUCAGGUUGUGGAAGGCACCAGCGGAAGAGAGGCCAAGGGAAGAAACGGAUGUGUCAGUGCAUGCUAUCACCAGCUACACUGUCAACUACGUCAACCAGCUGCUACGCAAAGCGUGUGCAGGAGAAGAGGAGGGGAGACAGGCACAAGAAGAGUAUUGGACGAGGAAAUCAGUUUCUUACCCCCUCGCUCUCUCCUCUCACUGCCACAGAGACGGUUCUCGGUAUGCGCGCAUGCUGGAGAGCGUGUACAGGCGAAGGGGAGGGGAGACAGGCACAAGAAGAGUGCUGAACGAGGAGAUCAGUGACCUUCUAGCGGCGCUGCACCACAACAUGGAAGUGCGGGCAGAGGUCAUUGCAGAGCGUACUGUUGCUGCUCUCUUCAUGCUCAACAACACUGCCUAUUGCAAGCACGAGCAUGAAGGAGGCUAUGAAGCAGUCCGAGCGGCUUAA